UCAAAUCUGGAAACACUUUAAGUACACAACUGUUUGACUAAAAUCAUAUGGUAUCGCCAAGGAAGUGUUAGGCUGAGGAUUGGUGAAGAUUUAACCCGAAAAUGAGAGCUUUUUCCUUAUUAAUAUUGGCCUGGAUGUCCUUGCUUGUGGUUUUACCAGUGAUACGUUGUAAAGAACAGCGAGAACUAUCCGAAGGCAACCUUUUAGUUGUGACUGUUGCGACCAAAGAGACAGAUGGCUUCAGGCGUUUCAUGCGGUCUGCCCGACACUUUAACUACACUAUCAAGGUGCUUGGCAGAGGGGAGCCAUGGAAAGGUGGGGACUAUAUGACCGAGCCAGGAGGGGGUCAGAAAGUGCGCCUUCUUAAAGCUGGUUUGCAGGAGAUGGAGGAAGACAAGGUUGUCCUCUUCAUUGACAGCUAUGAUGUUGUCUUCGCCUCCGGUCCCAAAGAGCUGCUAAAGAAGUUCCAGCAGACAAGACACAAGGUGGUCUUCUCUGCAGAGACCCUCAUCUGGCCCGACAGACACUUGGAGGACAAGCACCCCCACUUCCGAGAGGGAAAGAGGUUCUUGGGCUCAGGGGGAUUCAUUGGCUAUGUUCCUAACCUCAAAGAGAUGGUUGCUGACUGGACAGGGGAGGACAGUGACAGUGAUCAACUUUUCUUCACCAAGAUUUAUAUCAACCCAGAGAAAAGAAAAUCCAUCAAUAUAACACUGGACAACAGAUGCCGAAUGUUUCAUAAUCUUCAUGGAUCCCUUGAUGAGGUGGUGUUGAAGUUUGAGGACGGGCAAGUGCGGGCCAGAAAUGUGUUGUAUGAUACAUUACCCGUCGUCAUUCAUGGCAACGGGCCCACCAAGCUCCAGAUCAACUACUUGAGCAACUACAUCCCCACAGUGUGGACGUUUGAGACGGGAUGCAGUGUGUGUCUUGAGGACCUGCGGCCACUCUCAGGACUCAAGGAGAGCGAAUACCCACUGGUGGUUAUUGGAAUCUUCAUCCAGCAGCCCACACCCUUUGUCAGUGUGUUCUUUGAGACCUUGCUCAAACUGGAAUACCCAAAGAACCGACUCAAACUCUUCAUCUACAACCAGGAGCAGCACCACGAGGUAGCGGUUAGCUCUUUCCUGAAGGACCAUGGGAAAGAGUACCAGGAUGUUAAGGUCAUCGGGCCUGAGGAGAACAUGGACAGGGUAGCUUCCCGCAACCUCGGCCUUGAUAUGUGCCGACAGGACAAGGACUGUGAGUAUUUCUUCAGCAUGGAUAUCGAAGUGGUUCUGAAGAACAAGGACACCCUAAAGAUUCUCAUCGAGCAAAAUGAGCCUAUAAUUGCACCCAUGAUAACCCGAGAAGGCCGCCUGUGGACCAACUUCUGGGGAGCACUCAGUGCUGAUGGUUACUACGCUAGGUCGGAGGACUAUGUGGACAUUGUGCAAGGACGCAGAGUUGGUGUGUGGAAUGUCCCCUACCUGACCAAGGUGUACCUGGUGAAGGCCAGCCUCCUUCACGAGGAGCUCUCCAACAACGACCUCUUCAGCUCGGGCACUCUGGACCUCGACAUGGCCUUCUGUCACAACGCCAGAAACAAAGGAGUCUUCAUGUAUGUUACGAAUAUGCACACCUUUGGACGGAUGCUGUCGACAGAAAACUACCAGAUGAGCCAUCUCCACAACGAUUUGUGGCAGAUCUUUGAAAACCCUAAGGAUUGGGAGGAGCGUUACAUCCAUGAGAACUACACAAAGAUAAUGAGAGACAAACUGAUUGAAACACCUUGCCCUGAUGUAUACUGGUUCCCGCUAUUCUCUGAUAUCGGAUGUGACCACAUUGUUCAGGAAAUGGAAAACUUUGGACAGUGGUCAGGUGGCCGAAAUACGGACACAAGGAUCCAGGGUGGCUAUGAGAAUGUCCCCACCAUUGAUAUCCACAUGACUCAAAUCAAUUAUGAGAAAGAGUGGCAGAAGCUUCUGUUGGAUUACAUAGCCCCAAUCACAGAGACAAUGUAUCCUGGAUACUACACCAAGGCUCAGUUUGACUUGGCGUUUGUAGUUAGAUAUAAGCCAGACGAGCAGCCCUUUUUAAGGCCACACCAUGACGCGUCCACAUUUACUAUAAAUAUUGCACUCAAUCAAAAAGUGCUUGAUUACCAGGCUUUUGAAGAUGUGUUGUAUUGCAUCCGUGUCAUUACCCUGCAUCUUUCGAACUUGGACAAGAAUAGGUGCAUAAUCUGGUUUGUUUUGAGAAGAAAGUGCUUUCCGCACAGUUACUGUUUCUCCACUGUUCACAAUGUGUUAUUUGCACAUAGUUAUGUACCUAUGAUGAAAGCCUUCAGUGUUCUCCUGUGCAGUAUGACCUUGAGUCUUAGACAAGUUGACGUUUCUCUAUGUAUAGAAUGUGAAGCAUGUGUGAAUCUCCUGGCUGGAUAUACCUUUCCUGACUUCAUCUCUGUUUGCUUUCCCAUUGAAGGGUGGGGGAUGCAGGUUCAUACGGUAUAACUGCUCCGUCGAGGCACCCCGCAAAGGCUGGGCCCUCAUGCACCCUGGACGGCUCACCCACUAUCACGAGGGCCUGCGAACCACUGCAGGCACUCGAUACAUCGCAGUGUCAUUUGUGGACCCCUGAGUGCCAAUGGCAAUGUGCUGCCACUUCCAGGUGUCAGCUGUUGUUUCUAUGGUGCCUUUACUGAACGUUUGUUAAUUCAGGAAAACUCCAUUAGCCAAAUCCAAGUGGGCGUUGCGGGAGACCUUUUCUCUUGAAACCCCUUUCCACUGAAAGUCAUUUGAAACUUUUGUGAAACAAAUGUACUGUUUUAGUAUUAUAAUAACUUGUUUUGUUGAAUCAAGACACUCCUACAUACAGUAUGAGGCAAUAAGAAUAACUUUAUUUGUAAAGUGCCCUUCAUUUCUAAAUACACUCCUAAUACAGUAUGCAAUGCACCAUGGUCUUGGAGAUUAUUAAAACAUCUGUCCUAUUUAUUAUUUUGAUAUUUGUAUAAAAGGAGUUUAUUCCAAAGAUUCCGUGUGGCUUUUCGAAUGUGUAAUAUCUAAAGAACACAGCUCGUAACACAUUCUCAGUCCCCUUGUCAUUUUCAUGUUGAAAGCAAGUCCAUGUUCAGCACCCAAAAAUUGUCGAUGCAAUGAAUAGAGCCGACAUGAGUCCUUAUUCUACAUGUCAGACAGGCAUGUUUGUUCUACAUUGCCUACUUCUAUCAGAAUGUUCCAAAACGUUGCAUCCUGCUGAAAGCACACCAGAACAUAUACUGUAUGUUUCUCUUAAAUAACUAUAAAUUUUUUAAACAUUCCAUGACAAGUAAUCAUUGAGGACAAAGUUUGACUGAAUUGAUCUGAUGCUGCCUGGGCAUACUCUGAAGAAUGUUGUAAACACUAGUAGAGAUAGUUGUGAGAAUUUAUAUUUUGGUCAUUUGUCAAUAAAACACUGAACCAAACUAUGA